AUGUGGCUGCCAAUGGAAUUCCAGACUUCGGCGGCAGAGGCCACAUCAAAUACCAGCCCCAUCAUGGACUGGAUCAGGGCAAAUCGAGCCGUGGAUCUCUUUCCUGGUGGUGACGUUCCUUUGAGAUACAGCCGCACCUGCCUUGUUGAUUUUGCACGUCAACUUGCGGAGCCGAUCCCUGCGGUUCCUGUAGCGCUGCCCCCAGCGGCGACUGGCUCGGCAAUGCCUAGUUCACCAGCGUGCACUUCGGCUACAUGCUAUGGAUAUUUUGCUCCGAUCAUGGCAGUUCCGCCGACAUCACCAUGUUUCAGCAAGAUGGGCGGCAGAACACUGGCUCGACGACCUCUGAUGCGCGAGGAUCUGGUAGGCACCGGCAACCUUUUGCAGCCCAAAGGCGUGGUGCAAAUGGGCUUGAUUCAGCACUACGUAUUUGUCUCCGUGCGCACACUGACUGAACCUGAUAAGACCAGCCACCAUACAAGUUAUGCAAUAUGA